CGCGGCAACGGCGCCGCGCGCCGCCAGGGGGCGCCGCAGUGCGCGCGCGGCCGGGAACGCCAUGGCGGACUACGAGGCGGUGCAGCGCGGGCCGCUGCGGCUGAAGGGCAGCGGCGGGGCUCUGGGGGCCGGCAAGCGGAAGAAGAAAAAGGCGAAGGACAAGGCCCAGAUCCUGGAGCAGAUCGUGAGCAGCAAGAAGCAGGAGGAGGAGAAGAAGCGCGGCCUGGACAAGCGGACCCCGGCGCAGGUGGCCUACGAGAAGAUGCAGGAGAAGAGGCAAAUGGAGAGGAUCCUGAAGAAAGCGUCUAAAACCCAUAAGCAGAGGGUGGAGGACUUCAACAGGCACUUGGAUACUCUGACUGAGCAUUACGACAUUCCUAAAGUCAGCUGGACUAAGUGAACGGGCUCCUUUUUCAAGGCUUUGGAUCAGGAGCUGCAUUUUGUUUGUAUGAAACAGGGUUGCUGUGUAAAUCAGUGUAUUCUCCAUAUUGAAUGUUUAAUAUAUCUUCCGAACGUUUAUGACUUUGUACUGUCUUAUUUCAUUGUUUUGUUUUUUAAAAUCAAAUAUUCAACAAAGUCUCUUCUUGGCUGAUGAGCUCUGAUUUAUGUAGGUGCAGAGGGCUGGGGUUUUUUUAGUGCUUAAAGUGAGAUUAAGGCCAAAAUCAAUUGCCGUGAGCCCGCUGGGAAACAUUCCUUUAUUUGUUUGAUACUAAUACUUCUCUGUUUUGGAGGUGAAGAGUCUGACAGUCUCACAGAGCAUCAGCUUCUGUUGUAAGUUAUAGGAAUUGUAUAAUUUCUUUGUCUCUAGACUUCUUUCAGAGGUGGAGGGUCCGCUGUAACUUGUAAUGUCGAUGUAACUUCUUAUUAAAAUGCUGCUUUCAUCCUU